GUUCCUCCCGCCUGUUCAAAAAAGUACCAAGCCUCUAGUUGAUGUAGUGUAGUGUCCAGGAGUGCGCUGUAUCCCACUGAGACAACGGGUUCACUAUUGACAGUACCACACCGUCUUGAGUGCAGUGCCUCGUCACCACAGUGCUAAUUCCGCCUCCUGUGACCUGCAGCACCCUCCCCACAAAGUACCCAGGACCCGACAACCUUUGCUCACCUGCUGAGGACUGCCAGGCACGUGCAAAAGUGUUGAGCAGAUAAAGAACAGAUGUGAAGUGCAGGCAGUGAGUCCUGUAACAUGGCCCAGCUACCAAAGAGCUAACAAUUAGUGGUGUACCUGCAGACCUUAGUGCCACCCCAGCAGUGUCAUCGCUGCACUGCACAGAAAACAAAUAAUAGAUUUCUUAGAUCAGUGAGCAGCACAACACAUGAUGGCGGCUCAGACACAAACCGCCGCCACCACAGACAGCCCGUCAAGGCGUGCUGUUCCCAAAACUGUAAAAACCGUUGUGCCUGCCAUAGAGGACUGUGCAUACACACAGUUCUAUUGUGAGGAAAAUGUAUGGCGGCUUUGUGAGUAUGUGCGCACUCAUGAGGCACAGGAGCUGGCCAAGUGUUUUGUGGCAUUCAUCAGCAACGACUCUCGAUGCGUGCCGCUGUGGAGACAACGAAUGGGCAAGUCUGAGGACAAGCUAAUUACCUGGGACUAUCACGUGAUAUUUAUGUAUGAACCCGAUGAGCGUUGUUUGGUGUUUGACCUCGACUCUGACCUGCCAUUCCCAACUUAUUUCCACAAGUAUGUCACAGAGACGCUCCGCACAGACCACAUCCUGCGGCCUGAGCACUACAGAUACUUCAGAGUAGUGCCAGCAGCAACAUUUCUUCAGAAGUUUGCCAGUGACAGGCGACACAUGAGGCGUGAGGAUGGAAGCUGGAUGCAUCCUCCCCCUCCCUCUCCUCCCAUUGCACUGUCAGAGUGUGUGCACAACCUCGAUGACUUCAUCAGUAUGGAUGCCAAGCGAGGAGUGGGAACGGUGUACAACCUUCAAGACUUUGUUCGCAGGUUUUACAAGAACAUGUAGAAUCACUAUAUAAUUAUAACUACCCUCUUCAUAAAGAUUUUCAUACUUUUUUGCACUUUUAUCUAAUCAGGUAUAUCAUGCACAUCAUCAUUAAUCACAGGAAAUUAUUGUGUUAUUAUUUAUUUUGUACUGAAAUCAUAGGUAUAUACAUAUGUACUUAGGUUUACAUGCAUGUAUUAACAGCAUUCAUCAAUGAGAACGAGGAAUAUGAAAGCAGUAUGACAGAGUUCUUACUUGACAGUUUUCUUGAGAAUGUUAUGUUCAAGCUUAUGAGCAGUUUUAAAAGACAUGUGUGAAGACUCUUUAUGUUAUUCAAUUGAGUGAAGAUUAGUUAAAGGUUCAAUUGCACUCUUGCUUAUGUACUUGUCUUUGUGGAAAUAUGCAUGGCUAUUCAGAAGACAGUAGCCUGCAGAAAUAAACUAGGUACAGAAUGAGCUGAUUACUGUUUCUCAGGAAAGGUAUGUCUCAAAUUGCCUAUGUGCACAAUUCCCGUACCUAGUGUGUCCCACUGUUCUUGAUUUUGUCUCAUUUGUUGAUGCAAAUUGAAGAACUUGACAUUUUACUUAUAUGGUUAAUGACACAUGCUUGAGUUGAUUGCAGCUUUUUUUUAGUUUCUUUAAAGCUGUUAUGAUUCUGUUGAAAAAUACAAAAUUUACACAAGCUAUUUACAGUAGAAAAUUAUAUAAAUGUUUUUCAACUUGAAAUCACUUUUUGAAAUGUUGAACAUCAUAUUUAGAUAUUUAACACCAGUUUCACAUAACAGGAAUUUCACAUAACAGGAAUAAUAUUAAGAGUCAUAUUUAAUUAUUUUGUGAUUCAUGUACAUCAGGGAAUGAAUAGCACAAAGUUAUUUCUUUAUACAGUAUAUCAAUAUCUUUGUUUUAUUGUGAAUCUAUCAGCAAGUGUGAGACAAAGCCUUUUAAUCCUAACAUGCUUCAUAAGCAGUCUUUACAUGGUGCUUGUGGUAAGAUGUGUUGAGUUACAAAUCUUAGGUUUUUACUAUAAUAGUUAACAAAUCUGUUGAAUUGAUAAAGAACUAUUGAAGUAUUUUAUAUUUGGUCCUCAUAUGGUAGUAACUGCCAGCAGCUAGCCAAUGCUGGAGUAGCUAGUAUCCAAUGCUGUCCCACUGUGGAUUAUUCCUGUUGUUAUUUAUCAUCUGUUCUUCAGCAACCUGAGCUUUGUGAGGGGGUACGUUUUGUAAUUAUCCAGUUACAUAACAUUAAGUCAUCUAAUAUUCAUACCUUCCAAUUUCAAUUUCAAUGCUUUCAUAUGAAGUGAGCUUCAAAUGUGCCAAGCUGCAAACUGUAUUUGGAGCUAAAGCAUAACUCUGCACUUUACUGUAUUUGAUAAAUAUGUUGAAAAUACUUAUUGAUAUAAUAUAAUUGGUAUAUGCAUUGUUUCUUGAAAAUUACAUAAUUUUAUGCAUGCACUAAGCAUUCUAGGCUUAAUGCUGCCCAUUUUACAGGGCACUGAGACUAUUCAGAGACAUAUUUUCUGACCGUACUGUGACCCAAUCCUUGUGGUUGUUAUAUGUUAGACUGAGUCACCCAGACUAGCCAAGUGAGCGUUAAUUAUCACAAGGAUACAUCAGAGAAAUAUCUCUCCAUACAAAUUGUUUCUUAUUCCAUUACAUGUUGUGAGUUCUGUUGUUUGUUGAAAGAAGCUUUCAGUCUAUACUAUGAUUUCCAAAAGUGAGUGCAGAAGAUAUUCAAGCAACAUCAUGUCAUUCAUUAUAUUUGUAAGCAAAUUGUUAAUUUGAAUAACUGAGAAGUGAAUAUAUUAUAUAAUUCUUUUUUUAUUAUAUUUGAAAGAAAUUUAUUAAAAAAAAAUUGAGAAAUAGAUGACUCACACUUUCGAUUGAACUCAACAGUAGUUGAGAAUUUAAAUGUGAAUUAUUUUUCUUAUCUUUAACUUAGAUUGUCAACAAGGUUCAUCUUAAAAGUGUGGUACGGAAAUAUUCUCACGUCUCCUUAAUCCAUCCAUUCUUGUCAGAUUGCAUUUUGUAAAUUGCCUGUAUCUUUUCCUCUAACAAAGAGUAUGCUAUUUAACUUUGAAGUGUGUAUGGGCUGUUAUUAGAGGCAUUGUUUACUUUGAAAAUUUAUUCAUAUAUAUAUAUAUAUAUAUAUAUAUAUAUAUAUAUAUAUAUAUAUAUAUAUAUAUAUAUAUAUAUAUAUAUAUAUAUAUAUAUACUCGUAUAUAUAUAUAUAUAGGAUCUUCAUGAUUCUUUAUUAUCAUCGUCAUAUCUUGUUUAGGUUGUACAUGAGUGUAGUUGUGAUCAUUACAUUCCACCUUCAUAGCAAAAUCUUGGUAUUAUAUAUAUAUAUAUAUAUAUAUAUAUAUAUAUAUAUAUAUAUAUAUAUAUAUAUAUAUAUAUAUAUAUAUAUAUAUAUAUAUAUAUAUAUGUGUGUGUGUGUGUGUGUGUAUGUAUAAACCACAUCCUUUUCAUUUAGUGUGGUGCAUCCAGUUGUUCCUUCAAACAGCCUCAUACUCUGCAUUCUUAAAGGCAUGCUUCAUAAUGAUGCUAUAUAGAAUACUGAAUAAUUUUUCAGCCUAGCUGAAUGUUAUAAUGUAUUGCAGUUUAUAAAAUGAUGCCUGGAUGGUUUGGGGACCACAAAAUUAACAAUGGAAUCGAAGAAAUCCAUAAGGGGAAAAUCUUCCAUUAGUCAUCAGUUUUAGUGUAGUUAGGAAAGCAGAUUUUUCUAGGAAGUGGUAGAUAGAUUCUACAUUUUUUACCCACUGUUGAUAGUCUACUAAACACCAGGCUUUCAAAUUUCAGGUCAUUUUAAUAUUGUUAAUGUAAAUAUAGCUCUUUUUGGUGUACAUGUGUGUUCAGUGCAGUCACUUCUAUAUGUAGAUAUGACAUAUCUACAAACCAAAGUUGUCUUCUAUUUCAUAUAAUGUUUCAUGAAAUGUCUUAACACUGCAUCAAGCUAUAUUUGCCGUUUUGGAUACAUUAUCUAUUUUCGUAAAAUCUCGUGUUUAUUGCUGGGUUGUAACUGUAAUCAUAGUCACCAUAUUAUUUGAAUGUUGAAUAUUCUAUAGCUGUAGAACCUUUUCCUAUUAAUUUUAUUUAUUUGGAUGCAGUAUACAUUAUAUGCCUCCCAUGACACUAGUUAUACCUAUGAUUUAGUUUUCAGUUUGUGGUAAAGGUUUUGUUCCUAUGCUGCUCAUGGCACAUGUUUGUAAACAUUUUGUUCUGCAACUUUAAGUAAUUUGUUUUAUCAGUAUGAUGAAGUAUUUAAGGUGCAUAUUUUACAUAUACUAUUACUACAUAUAUGUAUGUGAUUGUUUGUAAAGUGAAAAAUUUAUUUUCUAAGCCGUAUUCUGAGCAUUUUGACUUCUUUCGUAUUAUAAUUCACCUGUGAUCAAAGUGCACUUUUACAUCAAACUCACAAGAGAGGAAGCCCUUGUAUUAAGUCUAUGGCGGUGGUGGUGAUGAAGGCAAACAGCUGUGUCGGGACGUGCCCACACCAGAAACACAGCCUGUGCACGUCAACACCUUCUUAGAGCUAUUAUCCAUAGUGUAUCUGUAAUGGGAAAGCUUUGCUAUAAGGCCAACAUUUUGUAGAUUUCCUACAAAUUUAAUAUCUACUACUGAUAAAACUUGUAAUAUUAUAGGCAAUAUAUUGAAGUUGGCAGUUUGUAUUUAAGAGGCUGAGAGUUACAACAAAGUUCUCUUACACAAUUAUGAAGACAAUCUCAACAUGAAUUAUAGCUUUUUGGUGUGUAGGUCAAUUAUAAUUUCUGUGUUGGAUUGGUUUAGUACGAGUCACUGUCCAAGGGACGUGGAAUUCAUUUUCAUGUCUGUAGCAGUCAAAAACAGAGAAGACGUGCUAAAUUUGUUUUGAUCAUCGAUUGACAAGUGCCAUGUUGUGUUAGAAUUAAUAAAUGUGCUGUAAAAUGUGGAACUGUUGAAGUAGAGAAGCUUUUUAUGAAGUAUACAAAGUGAAUCACAUGUUUUCCAGUAUUUAAGUGUCAGUUUUUCAUCAGGCAUCUAGAUCAUGGAAUAUGGCAAGUCAGAAUAAUUGUUGUGUGUAUUUAGGCUGCUACAAACUAUUGUUAUUACUUAUCCAUUUGUUAUUUUUAGUAACUUAUGUGUGGGGAAAUGUGUUCAAAUUUAUUGUCAGUGAAGGAAAUUAAAAUGCACAUUCAAUUAGGUUCUGCCUGUCUCAGGGUUGUCAUGCUGCUUCACUGUGUACAAACUGUGGUAUAUGAGGAAGGUUUUCAUCAAAUUAUCAGUGUUGUCCUUUGUGUGUUCAAGAAUUCUAAUUCCUUUGUUUUAAAGUAGCACAUGAAAAUGAGAAGAAAAUUAAUUCUGAACUUAGAUCCACAGACACCAUUAAAUAGAAGCAGAAACUUGCUGAAAUGUAUAAUCUUUUUUUUUUUUUUUUCUUCUUUCCCUGGAACACUGCACUGAAUGAGGUGCUUCCCAUUAAUCUGUUAAAAAAAUUAUGUAGAGAAUAUUGAAAGCAUUUGAUGUUUUCCAUAUAUAUGUUAUAUAAUGGUGUAAGCUAUUCAGAUUUUUCUAGUUUUGAUAACUUAGAAAGUACAGUAGUGGAAUCAAGAUUUACAGCCAUGAACUGCCUUUUGGAGACAAUAUUUUAAAUCUGAAAAGAUGACUUAGCUUUUCAGUAAUCUGAUUAACAGUGUUAAGGAUUAGAAAAAAAUGUGUUUUGGUAUUGAUUAGGUUUUGAUCCUAUAAGUGAAACAAUAAUUUCAUUAUCUUUGAGGCUUCAACUGAAGAACCAUUUAGCUGUGGUGGUGACUAAGUAAUUACUCUUGCACUCACAAGGACCAACAGCAAUCUAAGCAUGGCACACACACUCUCUGGUCCUCACACUUCAAUGAUCAAAAAAUCUGUCACUUAAAUUUGUAAUGAAAUCUUGUUUAUUGAAAUGGAAGGCAUUAUUAUAUGUACCAGCUGCUCCAGAGGACUUGACUGUCUUGCCAGUAUUUUUAGUUUAUGACCGUACAUUAACGUAUAUAAGUGGUAACUAGGGUGUAUAGCUUUUUGUUUCAUGUUAAAAAUGAAAAAAAUCAUACACAGCUUCUACCUACAACUGUUAUGUCAAGUGUUGUAAGCAUUUUCAAAGUUGAGAUAUUCUGCAGAUACUAAAGUAUAUACUAUAUACAGUAAUAGGCCACUAUGUUUAUCUUGCAAUUCUAGUAAUGUUUUUAGCAAUUGCAUAAGAAGAGCUUUUUGUGCUCGGCUGUACAUAUCUGUUGAUUGCCUUCUCGCAAGUUAAUCAUCAUCAGAUUGUUUCUAUACUAUACCUAUCUAUCAACAUUGAGAUAAAUAUCCAAUAUCUGCAUUAUACUAUGUAUCUAUUUUUAACUCCACAUUAAAUCAUUGGCUCAAAAACAUGAAGGAGUUACAGUCUGCCAAGUUGUUGUGGCAAGAACAUAGCAUGUAUUAAACUGUAAACAAGCAAUGUAUCAUCAAAAUACUAUUAAUUGCUUUACAUCUCCCAACAUUGCAGAUUGUAACUGUAACCUUCUGUGAUUAUUAUGAUUUCAAACAUGUAUUACAAUUAAAUUGUAAAGGAAAGCUUAUUACUGGAGAAAAUCUCUCAUUGUCUUAUCACUGCUGUUAAGCAGAAAUACCUCAGGCUUAUACUGAUUUUCCUCCUACCUUACAGGGAAAAUAUGGCUACAAAAAGAACUUGAAAUCCCAGAAACUCAAGCCUUUAUAUACGAAGUGCUUUUAGUGUACUUUUCUGAUUGUGUGACUGAUCAUUGUGAACUUUGAUUUGUUUUCUUAAUAAAUGAAAUUAAUUUCUCUUUUA